AUGGCCGAGGCGGGGGCAAGAGAGGUCCGAGGGGGCAGAGGCUUCGGGGGGCCAGAAAGCGCAAUUCGGGGACACUUUGAGGGGAGGGGCGUCCCGAGCACCACCGGCUACACCCUGGGAGCCGGCGGGGGCGCAGCUCGGGGCGGGAGGAGUCUCCACCUCCCUGAGCUGGUGCCCCCUGCAGGAUCUGCGAGGCGAGGGGGGAGCGGCACGUGCGGUCCCAGGGCCCGGUGGCCGCCGGCGUCCUGGCGGCUGCCGAGGGCGGCGUGCCGAAGCCCCUGGCCUCGCUGCACCGCUCAGAUCCGUACUCGCUCGAAGGUACAGAUCCCCAACGCGAGCUCGAAUCGCCUGGGUUUCGGUGGUAACCCCACAUGCACAACGCUGCUUUCUUCCUCUUCCAAGCGCCCUGCAGUAGUCGGGAAAAUCCCAGGUCCGGAGGAAACGGAUGAUUUCUUUCUCAGAGAGAGAGAGGGAGAGAAAAUCCAGGCAACUUUAAUCCAUCCGAGGAAGGAAAAGUUUCCUUGUAGGGAUGAGACAGGCGACGCGGGUCGCCACCACCCUAGGCGACGCCCAGACGAAACGCCUGAGGUGGGUGACCAGAUGUUUGUCCCUUCGCAGUGCUCGGUCUUGGACUCCAGCUCUCUCCAGUCUCGACCCGGGUCUGCGCUAGCACAGGCCGACUCGGCGCCGCCUGGCCGGGCUGGGGUUCGAUGGUUGGAGCAAGGGUGGAGCUCUAGGCACCCGCUGCCCCAUGGAGAUGGAGCUUGGUCAAGCGAAGGAGCGGAAGCGCCAGCUAAGGCGCCCCAGCUCGAGCCGUUUCUUCCCGGAGCGUCUCCUCCAGUAUCCAGCCCGGUGUCGCUGUCUCAGCAGAGGGGUGUCCUGCCCCGCCUCGCACCGAUCCUCGCCUUCUCUGGGGGGACCUACAUAAACCUUGAACUUUUCCGAGGUUCAGAGUCUCCGAUGCCUCGUCCUCCUCAUCACCCCCGCCUUGCCCCUGGGCACCCGCUCGCCCGUUGCCUCGGUGCGGCAAGGCACAGGCUGUCGCUCUUUCGGAGUCAGUCUGGGCGAGUAGAUCGCCGCUCCAGUCCCGGCUGCGGGUGGCAAGAAGCGGGAGCGCGGCCAGGGGGCUAAGGCAACCGCACCUGCGCAACCCCUGGCCGGAGAGGAAGCAGCGGGUACCUAGGAGGCCUAGGGAAGAAGCGCGAGAUGCCGGUAGGGGUCCAGCUCUCCUUGGACAUGGGGUGGGGGAAGAAGAAGAAUCAAGGAACAGGGGAAAAAAGAGGCGGGGGGAGCCACAGUUGACUGAAGCAGUCGCUGCCACCUCCACGGCGCUCUUCCGUAAAUGGUUCGAGAAAGAGA